AUGCUCAGCUUGGAUGGCCGAGCCCAGAGGACUUUGUCCACGUGCAGGGACACCUUGCAAGACCUCGACAAGAGGUUGCGCAAUGUGGAUCUGGAUGAGAAGCCCCCAAAGCCCGACAAGGACUCCCGUGCUGCACACCGGCUGCAGAGCAGUGGCAAGUCAAAGGAGUUGACUGCCAUGUCGAAGGUUGCCAAGGACCUCUUCAAGCGCAUGGAAAAGAGCCCCAACAAAGACCAUAUCCUUUCAGAGUUGGAGCAGCUCGACAAAUUCUCGGAAGCGGCCUCAGGCCUGGCGAAGUUGUUGACUGCUGCUUUGCCAGAUGCCACAGACUCGGAGGCUUUGUGUUCGACUUUCGAAGCCAGCCAAGCAGCCAUGGCAGCAUCGAAGCAUUUCGAGAACAUUCAGCUCGGUCCCCACUUCACCCUGCGGUAUCUCAUGGCAAAGGCUACCCAGUCCUGCUUGUACAGCAAGUAUGCCGACUGUUGGUUGCAUUUCUGCAAAAGUAACGACCUUGUGAAAGAUUUGGCAGAGCAGCUGGACGCGGGGGAAUUGGAGGCUUUGAUGGUCAUGGAAGCCGAGAACAGAAUUGUGGCUUGUUUGCGGACGAUUCAAGCUCAGCAUCUUCUUGGUUUGAGUGGUUCGCGUUGUCCUGAGGAGGGGCCUCUGGCCGAGGCCAGGAAUCUGUGCUUAGCGAUGCUGGAAACGGCCUCUGGCCCUGAUUCGCUUGAAUUCCUUCCAGCCUCGCUGUGCCGGGCAGCCCAGCUUGCAGCCAACAUAUUGGGCCACGCCGAAGUCGAAAUGUCGAAGCUCAAGAAGGACGCAGAGCGUCUUGAUGCUCUGAGCACAAGCUUGGAGGAGGAGGAUGACAGCACCGAAGCAAGCGCUAUCGAGCGCUUCUUUUUGCAGCAUCCUACUGGCAAGACUUUGUGGGACUUGGCAAUAUCCAAGGUUGAGUCCGGCAAGAAGGAAGCCGAUGCUGAGGAGGCGCUUGAGAAGUUUGCCGCAGAAGUCACUCAGUUCAGGUUCAUGGCUGCGGGCCUCGGGCCGUCGGAACUGAUCAGCAAAGUUUUCGAACCGCUAAAGGUGGUAUGGCAAGAUGCAACCCAGAAGGCAAAAGCCCUCAAGACCAAGAAAGGCGCAUUGGUCAGCCGCAACGCAGAAAAGAUCAACAAUCGCUUGGACUCCGUCCUUGUCGACUUUCUGGCCCAUUUGAAAGAAGUGUCGGAAAAUUUGUUUUCCGCCAACUUGGUUGAGUGUUUGCGACUUGCCUGCAUUCGGACACUGAUCUUUGCAGGGAUGCGAGUUCCUUUUCAGUUGCUGCAGUGGUCGCUCAUGUGCGAGGCUUUGAGCCACGACGGCAAAGUCGGACUUUCCGAAGAGGCAGAGUCAGAGCCUUCGCUGAUCAACUUGGACGACAUUUGGCCAACUUUGAAGCAAACUCACUACGUGGACAGUGGCUUCUGGAAGAGUCUGCCACCUCAGGAGGUGAAGUGGCUGUCGGAGUACAAGACCUUUUCUGAGAUGCUGUGCCAGCUUGGUGACUUUGUGUUCCGCCGGCUUCCAGCCUUUGGUCAUCUGCCAACAAUGGAGCGGAGCCCCACAGUAGUGCGUGAAUGGGUGACAGUGUUGCCAGAGGGUCUCAAGCGUUGGUUGCAAUCAAAGCCAACGAUGUGCGAACAACAGUUCGAAGAGCUCUUCUUGACCCCAUGCCGCGAUCACUUGAAGGGUCUUUUUUCGUCCGGCUUAGGCAGCGUAUCACAGAUUGUGGCACAGUGCAAGAGUGGCAUGUUGGGUGGUGGCUUGGCCAAAGACAUGCAGGAACAGCUGCUGCAGCAGAUUCCAGCCGCUCAUCCACUCCGUUCCUUGGUUUGCUGCUUCCUGGAGGCGACCCUGGAUGUUUUCCGUUUUCCAAUUUUCCACUUUAUGUCCGUGAUUGAUUUCUCAGCAGACUUUCGCCCGCAGGUCGCAGCGAUCCAGCGCGGCGACGCAGCCAAAGCUGAUGACUUGGCUUUGUGCAAAGGCCUCUUGGCCAUGGCCGAAGGGUUGGAAAAGGCACGGGCUGAGGCAUCCAAGCAUGUCGACAUCAAGGAGGCUUUGAAGGCAUCGGCUCUCGAUUCAGUAGACGAGUGGCUGCACAAACAGGGCGUGUGCCUCGGGAGCGCUUUGAAGCAGAAGUACAGCAGUCUUUGCAAGUCUUUGAGCGCCGAGUCGGAGAGCGUCCGUGCGAUCUGCGAGAAGCUGCCAUCCCUAACAGACGAAUCUGAGUAUCGUAGCAAAACCUUGCAAGUUACGCAAGCGCUGGCAACAGCUAGCCCAAAGUUGGAUUCGUCUUGUGACGGUGUGAAGGGCAUACUCAAGAUGGUCACAAUGCUCGACAAAGUGAAGUUUGGGUUUUUCACUCUCGACGUGCCGCUAAACGACGAUGAGGCCUCGGGCCUGGUUGCCACUGCUUCCUGCAUGUCGUCUGUUGCGGCCUUCCACGUUACCUUUGUUGCCGGGUUGUGUCUACUUCGCUCGGAAGACUUGGGGAAAUCAAGUCCUGCCGGCAAGCAAACACUGAAGAGCUUGUCCGAGCUGGUGCCUACCCUGCAGGCCAACCUGCAGAAACUUGCCGACGACACAAUCACUGCAGGAUUGAAGGCGCAGGGCAAGAACAUCCUGGAUGAGGUCAUUGCACUCACUGCAUCUUCGAAACCUGCAAAGAAGGACUCCACUGCCGCCGCCGAGAAGGCCUCUGAGAUUCCAGAUGAGGCAGCGAGAAAACCCGAGAAGCCCCAGAAAGAGAAGAAAGAGAAGGAUAAGAAAGACUCCAAGAAAGAGAAAGACAAGGACAAGCAGCACAAGGACAAGGAUGAGAAGAAGCGCAAAACGAAGGCCGGCGGCAAACCCUAA